AAAACUUUCUUCCUUCAAAUUCUUAUCCCAACUCUCCCAAUUCUCUUAUAUAUAUAUAUAUAUAUAUCUUCGAGGACCACUUCAAGAUAUUACAUGAAAUAACCCAGAAGAAAGAACAGAAACAUGGACUGGUUCUCCUGGUUAUCAAGAACCAAUCUUGACCCAUCUCUGGUUUACGACUACGGCCUCGUCCUUGCUCGAAACGAGCUUCAAAAGGAGGAUUUGGUAUAUUUCAACCAUGAGUUUCUGCAGAGCAUGGGCAUAAGCGUGGCCAAGCACAGGCUGGAGAUAUUGAAGCUUGCUAAGAAGGAAGACGGUGGCCUUGUCAAGCUCUUUUCUGCACUUAACAAGACUAGGACCCGGCUCGCCAAGCGCAUUGUCAAGUGGGUUUUUCACGACGACUCGUCUGUGAAACGCUUGCCGGAGCCGCCGUGCAGGGAGCAGCGGAAAUCGGGAGCACCGGCAACGAAGAAGGCGAUUGAGUUUGAGCCGCCGGUGUUGAUGGGUAGAAGAAUAGCCAAGUCUGGGCCGAUAGAUAGGCGGAUGCAGGAGAAGUUGAUGCUUGACAGAAAUGUCCAUGAGAGGCUGGUGUUUACUUAUAGGAGUCCUGUGUUAUCUGGGCCUCUUGAUGGGAAGUCUUAUAAUGAGAAGAUGAAUAAGAGCCUGAAAUUCUCGGGUUCUAUCAAUGGCAGACCAGCUAGUCCAAGAGUAUACACAGAUUAUACCAAGGAGAAGAUGGGUGGUGGUGGUGGUGGCUGUGGGGAUGAUGAUGAUCAUCAUCAAUGGACUUCAUUAUUCCAAGACAUGGAACCCACUUGACCCAUAUUGAAAUUCUUCCUGUGUUUUGCUUCAGUUUUUUUUCCUGAGUGGUGAGAAAAUUUGAUAUUCUCACGGUUUAUUUUUGAUUUUUUCCUAUUUUAUAUUCUGGGAUUUUCGGAUAUAUAUAUAUAUAUAUAUAUUUAUGUACGUGGUAUUCCAGAUGUAGGGAGGGGUGCUCUUUCAGUAUUUUGUGGUUAAAAUAAAUUUCACUUCUUUCUGCAAAAA